AUGGUCAACCCCACUGUGUUCCUCACCAUCUCGGUCGAUGGCCAGCCCUUGGGCCAAGUCUCCUUCAGGCUUUUUGCAGACAAAGUUCCAAAGACAGCAGAAAACUUUCAUGCUUUGAGCACGGAAGAGAAAGGAUUUGGAUAUAAGGAUUCCUCUUUUCACAUCAUUAUUCCAGGAUUCAUCUGCCAGGGUGGUGACUUCACAUGCCAUAAUGGCCCUGGCAGCAUCUAUGGGGAGAAAUUUGAGGAUGUGAACUCCAUCCUGAAGCACACAGGUCCUGGCUUUGUGGCCAUGGCAAAUGCUGGACCAAGCACAAACGGUUCCCAGUUUUUUAUCUGCACUGCCAAGCCCGAGUGGCUGGAUGACAAGCAUGUGGUCUUUGGGAAGGUGAAAGAAGGCACGAGCAUCCUGGAAGCCAUGGAGUGCUUUGUCCAGCAAUGGUAA